CCCCUCGCUUCCUUCUCGGCUUCCGGCGCAGCUCGGGAGCGUUGGGAGCGCGAGGUCAUGGACCGUAACCCGUCGCCGCCGACCCCGAGUCGGGAGGAUGAGGAUACGGAGGUGGCCGGGGGAGACUGCAUCGGGAGCACGGUCUACAGCAAGCACUGGCUCUUCGGUGUCCUCAGCGGGCUCAUCCAGAUUGUUACACCUGAAAACACCAAAUCCAACUCAGAUGAUGAGGAGCAGGUGAUGGAGCUUGAUGAAGAAAUGGAGAAUGAAAUUUGCAAAGUAUGGGAUAUGUCAAUGGAUCAGGAUGUGGCUUUAUUUCUCCAAGAAUUUAAUGCUCCUGACAUAUUUAUGGGAGUACUGGCCAAAUCUAAGUGUCCUCGAUUAAGAGAAAUCUGUGUGGGAAUUUUAGGUAAUAUGGCCUGUUUCCAGGAGAUAUGUGUGUCCCUCAGCAAUGAUAAAAAUCUUGGGCAAGUGUUAUUGCACUGUUUAUAUGAUUCAGAUCCACCUACUCUGCUGGAGACAAGCAGGUUGUUGCUUACUUGCCUUUCCCAGACAGAAGUGGCCAGUGUCUGGGUGGAAAGGACCCGGGAAUAUCCAGCUAUUUAUGAUAGCAUUUGUUUCAUCAUGUCAAGUUCAACAAAUGUUGACUUGCUGGUGAAGGUAGGGGAGGUUGUGGAUAAGCUCUUUGAUUUGGAUGAGAAACUAAUGUUGGAAUGGAUUAGAAAUGGGGCUGCUCCACCUCUGGACCAACCUAAGGAAGAUUCUGAAGAGCAGCCUGUGUUUAAGAUUGUGCCCUGUGUACUUGAAGCUGCCAAACAAGUACGUUCUGAAAACCCAGAAGGGCUUGAUGUUUACAUGCAUAUCUUACAGCUGCUUACCACAGUGGAUGACGGAAUUCAAGCAAUUGUACAGUGUCCUGAUACUUGGAAAGACACUUGGAAUUUACUUUUUGACCUGGUCUGCCAUGAAUUCUGCCAAUCUGAUGACCCGCCCAUCAUCCUCCAAGAACAGAAAACGGUGUUGGCCUCUGUGUUUUCAGUGUUGUCGGCCAUGUAUGCUUCACAGGCUGAACAGGAAUAUCUAAAAGUAGAAAAAGUAGAUCUUCCUCUAAUUGACAGUCUGAUUCGGGUGUUAGAAAAUGUGGAACAUUGUCAGAAGAAGCCAGAGAACUCAACAGAGUCUAACACAGAAGAAACUCAAAAGUCUGAUUUAACCCAAGAGGACUUCCACUUGAAAAUUUUAAAGGAUAUUUCAUGUGAAUUUCUUUCUAAUAUUUUGCAGGCAUUAACAAAGGAAACUGUGGCUCAGGGACUAAAGGAAGGCCAGUUAAGCAAACAGAAAUGUUCCUGUGCAUUUCAAAAUCUCCUUCCUUUCUAUAACCCUGUGGUGGAAGACUUUAUUAAAAUCCUGCAUGAAGUGGAUAAGGCCUUUGCUGAUGACCUGGAGGAAAGCUUCCCGAGUUUGAAGGUUCAGACUUAACAUCUGAGUUGGAAUUUCUUCUGACCAAGAAGUAAACUGCUUUUGUAGAAGUUGAAAUUGGUACAUAGGAAAUAUUAGCUAAAACUUGUAUUAGCGAGCCGGGUGUGGUGGUGCACACCUGUAAUCCCAGCACUUGGGAGGCUGAGGCAGGAGGAUUGUCAUGAGUUGAAGGCCAGCCUGGACUACAUAGUGAGUUCAAGGCCAGCCUGAACCAUAUCGUGAUACCCUGCCUCAAAAAAAAAAAGCAAAAAAAGAAAAACUUGUAUUAGACCAUGGUUCUACUCACAUCUUUUUUUCUCCCCUGGCUUAGCUUACUUUUGUCAUUUGAAUCUGGAGUUUCACCAGUAUCAGUUCCCUCCCCUUUUUACAUUGGUUAUGGGUUACUCACCUUAAGUUGAAAGCAAAAAUACAAGCUUAUUGAGAUUCUUUUUAGAAUAUUUGAGGAGUUGGUGAGGAUUUUCUUUUUUUUUUUUUUUUUUGGUACUGGGGAUUGAACUCAGGACCUUGGAGUUAUGAGGCAGGCACGGUGCUGCUGAGCUAAAUCCCCGGGCCCUGGUGAGGAUUUUCUUGAGAACUCUUAAUUUGUUUUUUGAGACAAAGUCUUGCUAAGUAGCCGUACUGACCUGGAACUCACUGUGUAAUUCAGGCUGGCCUCAAACUCCUGAUCUUCCUGCCUCAGCCAUGCUAUGUGAGAUUUUCAUGUUUGUAUCUACUACAAGUGUAUUCAGCUGCAGAACCAGAAAACUCUGCUAUAGUAGAGUACCGCUACUGUAGAACCUACUGUAGCACUUACUACUAGUAGUGGAAAAACCCACUAUAGUAGUUUAAUCUGAGAGCGUUUGUAUAUUUUAUGCAGUAAGAAGUCCGGAGGGGGCAGUCCAGACCUGAGAAGUGGCCGAGGGACCCUGUCUCCUCUCGUUUUCCCACGUGCCGUGCUAUGUAGACCUUUAUGUUCAUGUUCAUUGUUUUGUGGUUAAAGGGGCUGUCUUUGUCCACAUUGAGGAAGGCAAAAGGUAAAGGGGCUUUCUCCUAGCAAGACUUAGCCUUUUUUGUUGGAAAAGGACAGCCCUCCAUGGCUUUCUGUGUCACAUGGCCAUCCCUAGUUGUAAGUAUUUAAAAUCUAGUAUUGUUUUUUCUUUUCUAGCCUCUGUAGGAGGGAAAUGCAAAAAAGAUGGGAGGCACGAAUGACUUUUGGCUAGCCAAUCCAUGGUGUUGCCACAAGACGCAAAUAUGUCUUAGCCAUUUUGUGAGUGUAAUUUUUGUUGAUUCCUUUCCAGGUUAUUAGUAACCACUCAAAAGCAGUUAUCACUGUUCAGUUACCCUUGUUACAUUUCAGGCGUCUUCUGUGUUGUACAUGUGAAGGUAGAGAUGUUGACAUUUUUAUGAAAGGGCAUUAGUGGAAUUCUCUAUUUUCAGCAUAAUUCUAAUAGUUGAAUUUCAGAAAAUGAUUUGCUUGAGCAAAUUGAAAUUUUUAAGAUUAAGAUUGAGAAGUUUAGUGACUUCUAAUUGCUUACAAAUUGUGCUGUACACAAUUUCCCCCUUAUAAUGCUUCGUCAUUCUUUAUAAUGCUUUCCAAUGAAAUGUAAUCAGAUAACCUAUGAAAUCAGGUGCAUCUAGGAAAGCAUCUAGUUGCAUUAUUUCAGAUACUAAAAGUGAAAUUUCUAAUAGAGUUAAAGAAAAUAUCAGUUGUGAAUAACAAAGCCAGCUUUGUAAACCCUUCCAAAUUACUUCAGAAUCUUUUUGGAUUUAAAAGGCAAAUGACAUAAAUUUGAAUUUCUGGACUAAGCUCUCAGAAAUUACAUUUUUUGGAGUUUAAGAAGGAGACGUGUUCCCUUGCUUUUUUUAAAUUUUUGGUACCGGGGAUCGAACUCAGGAUCUUGCGCUUCUGAGGCAGGCGCAGUGCCACUGAGCUAAAUUCCUGGUCCUUUUUUUUUUUUUUUUGGCAGUACUGGUGUUUGAACCCUGGGUCAUCACACAUUGAGCUAUAUCCCCAACUUUUUAUUCUUUAUGCUGAGACAGGGUAUUGCUAACUUUCCCAGGAUGGACUGGAACUGUGAUCCUCUUGCCUCAGCCUCUCAGAGUGCUAGGAUUACAAGUGUGCUCCACCACACCUAGCUGCUUUGCCUUUUUAAAAGAUAUUUUGUCCUGCCACGUGUGGUAGUGCAUUCCUGUAAUCCCACCUACUCAAGAGGCUAAGGCAGGAGGAUCACAAGUUCAAGGCCAGCCUGGACAACUUAGCAAGACCUAGUCCCAAAAGUGAUUGGGGGUGUAGCUCAGUGUUUCUUGGGUUCAAUCCCCAGUGCCCCCCCCCCCCCAGGCAUCUUGUCCCUUGUAGCAAACAGGAUAUUACUAAACUCUAUUUUCUUGGUUGACCCAUCCUUCUAGAUUAAAAGAGCUUUUCUACCAUCUUUAAUGUUCUCCAUUGUCCUGUUUGAAUUACUUACCUUGAUAACUUUAGCAUAUAAGUGGGAAAAAGUUUAAAAGCCACCUCUCAACAUAGGUACUUUUUUUUUUUGGUACCCAGGAUCAAACUUGGGACCUUGGGCUUACCAGGCAGGCGGCAGAACCACUGAGCUAAAUCCCCAGCCCGGUACUUUUUUUUUUAAUGAAGUGCAAACAGAAACCAGCCAUAGGAUUAAGAAACAUCUUUUGCUUGGGGCUCAGUAAAUCUUAAGUGAGCAUGGUUUUCUGUUCUGUGGGCUAUAGUGCUGGUGUUGAGUAAACUGAAGAGGAGGAAUAGUGAGAUUAUGGAGCAUCUUGCCAUUUUAACUAGGUCUUUUAUUUUUUAGGAUGCUGCGUAUUGAAUCCAGGACCUUGCACAUUCCAGUAUUUUUCUUUUUGCUGAUAAUGUGAGAUCUGGUCUAAGAGCUAUUAUUAAAAAUAAUGUAUUUAUAUUGAUGUGUUGGAUUUGCUUCAAAAUAAUCUGGGGCAAGAGGAAGGAAAUGGGAUAAAGGAGGAGAUGAAACUCAGCCAUGAUUUGGGGUUGCCAAAGUGGGGUGUUGAUUAGAUGGGCAUCUGUUAUUCUCUUCCCUCUAUUUUUGUACAUUUGAAGUUUCCUGCUAAAGUUUUUUAAAAGCGAAUAAAUUACACAUGGUUUUGUACCUGAAUUUAAUUAUGAAUGAUGCUUAUUUCAUGUAUGUCUCAAUAAAAGUCAAAACUAUUUUAA